UUUGCCAUCGUUUUGAGGCGAGUUCAAAAAAGCCAACGCACUCAGAAAUGAAUGGUGUAUGGUGUAUUUUGUGCAGUUAUUGCUUAGUAUAGUUACUAGCAUAAUGAGAAUAAGAUAAAUACAAUUUACUUGUAAUAAUCUACAAAAAGUCACAAUGGAAGAGCCUACCUUACGUUAUGAAAAAAUUGACUUCCUUGGAGAAGGCCAAUUUGCAACCGUGUACAAAGCAAGAGAUGUGAAAACCGACAAAAUAGUGGCUGUGAAGAAGAUUAAAAUAGGUUCGCGUUUGGAGGCACAGGAUGGUAUAAACAGGACUGCACUCAGAGAAAUAAAGCUGUUGCAGGAGCUUCAGCAUGUUAACUUGAUUGGAUUAUUAGAUGUAUUUGGACAAAAAUCAAAUGUAUCUUUAGUGUUUGACUUUAUGGACACUGACUUAGAGAUAAUAGUUAAGGACAGCAACAUUGUGCUCACCCCAGCUAAUGUGAAAGCUUACAUGAUCAUGACAUUGAGUGGUUUAGAGUAUCUGCAUCAGAACUGGAUACUACAUAGAGAUUUGAAACCAAACAAUUUAUUGAUAAAUCGUGAAGGAAUACUGAAAAUUGGUGAUUUUGGUCUUGCCAAAGCUUUUGGGUCUCCCACCAGAAUAAAUACACAUCAAGUGGUGACCAGAUGGUACAGGUCACCAGAGCUCUUAUUCGGGGCUCGGCAGUACGGCACGGGUGUGGACAUGUGGGCCAUCGGCUGCAUCUUAGCUGAGCUCCUGCUCCGGGUGCCCUUCUUGCCUGGAGAGUCAGACUUGGAUCAGCUGACGCGCAUAUUCCAGGUGUUUGGAACACCUAAUGAUGAGAAUUGGCCUGGGAUGAAAGGGCUGCCGGACUACGUGCAAUUCAAGCAGUUCCCAGCGCAGCCGCUGCGACACAUCUUCAGCGCGGCCGCCGACGACCUCAUACAGCUGCUCGAGAGCCUGCUCGUGCUGUUCCCGCCGAAACGCUGUGACUGCACGCAGGCGCUGCAGAUGCCGUACUUCAGCAACAAGCCAGCCCCAACAGUGGGCAACAAGCUCCCGAUGCCCUCGAGUUUCACGAGGAUCGAGACGGAGAAGCCUACGCUCAAGAGGAAACUGCUAGACAGUAUCGAUGGCGGCUCCCUGCCCAAAAAACUGCUGUUCUGACCGGCGCCAUAACUUAGUACAAUCAUACAGGGACUGCAAUCUGAUAUCAUUUAAAAGUGCAACUGGAGAGGUACGCUGGUUUUAUUACGUGAAUGAUUCAUGUACAUGUUCUAAAUGCAAAAUGCAACUUCUUUAAUAAUAUGUAUAGAUGUAGUGCAUAAUUAUUGUCCUUCGUAUUUUCACGGAACGUCCGAACGUUUCUUGCUAUUUCAGCCAGUCCCGGUACAAAAAGUACUGACGUAGACUGAAGGAGCAUGACAAAAACGAACGUUUCCGAGAAAAUACAAUGGAAAACAAUUAUGCACUACAUCUGUACUUCUUUGUAAUAACACACAAAAUCCACAUCUAGAACGCAUCUACCUAUGUUCGUUUUUUUAGCGUUAGAAUAAAGGUAAGCGGUCUUGACGUGUCUUUUUAUUG